CUUUACUGUGCUGAUGUGAUGAUAAUGUCCACGUCGGCCUCCUCUUUGGUUUCUCCUAACACUUGAACACUAUAUCUCGGUGUCUGUCUCCAUAUCCAAAGCAAGAGGAAUUUCACAUUAUCCAUGGAGACAUGCAAAGCCUGUCCGUGCCCGGGCAGUUCCUCUGAUCCAUCCAUAACCUUUAGUCUCUAGAUACAACAAUGUUACUGUAUGCUAGGAUGACGAACGCAACCGAGAUCCUCUCCGUGGUGCUGCUCAUCGCCGGCGUCUCCCUGAUGCUCGUCGUCCACAUCCUCGUGGUCUUCUGGGCGCUGCGGCGCGGGCUCGGCUCCCGCGGCACCUCCCACACCACUACUGACGAGGAACGCGGGGCGGGCGGCGGCGGGGGGCUAUCGGCCGGCGAGCUCGGCGCGCUGCCGUGCCACGUCUUCAAGCAGGCCGAGGCCGCGGACGGCGCCGAGGGCGGGGACUGCGCGGUGUGCCUGGAGGCGUUCGAGCCCGGCGACCGGUGCAGGCGGCUGCCGCGGUGCGACCACAGCUUCCACGCCGAGUGCGUGGACUCGUGGCUGAGGAAGAGCGGCGCGUGCCCCGUGUGCCGAGCCGACGUGGUGGACCGGCCGCCCAAGGGCUAGCCCAAGGCCGCGGCGGCGGCGCCAGGGGCUCUGGAGAUGGCGGAGAGGACAAGCCCGGCCGCAUUGGGGAUCGUUGCUGAAAGAUAGCCGAAGGUAUGGCACUCGAUGGGGGUGUUACAUAGUUGCACUGGAGUUGUGUUGUUUGUGCAAAUAGCCUGUACAUAUAUCAUGUUGUAUGUAUUUCUCUUCGGAUUUGCUAUUCUGAUGGUGGAGGAAAGAUUGGCACUCGAUCAACACGAAAAUAUCUAUUAUCCGGUUUCUCAUA